GUUCAACGCACCCUCCAAAAGCUGCAAUGGCGCCAAUAGCAGCGCCGGCCACUUCUACCAGCAGCAACAGCAGCAACACCAACACCAACAAGAUCGCGGCUACUCGCAGAUUGCAGCAAGUGGCUCAGAAAACACAGCUGGUUCCCAACAAUCAAAAUUUCUGCUGCACUCCCUCCCAUCUGCAGAUGCAUCCGGAAACGCCGUUGCUGGCGUGCAUGCCUCCUCCGCAAUGUCGUCAGCCUCGUCGGGAUCAUCUGCGCCAUCGCCGCUGCCAAACGCAGUGGGCUCACUAGAGCACCCCCAAAACUCGCUCGCGCCAUUUGACAGCGGGCGCACAAGCAUGGCUAUUGGCAGCGCCAGCGCCAACGGCAGAAGCACCAGCUUCAACGGCGGAUUCUCCGCUGGCUCAACAGCCUCCUUCGUACAAAAGCGCACCCUGUUUGGAAGGCGCACCUCAUCUGGGCUUCCGCCACCACCACCUCUCAACCUCGCCGCCGCACAGUCGCAAUGCCCGCCGCUGUUCCCGCCCCCUCCUCACUCGGCGUCAACAGCCGCAUUUUCGGCGCUGCGCUGCACCAAGCCACAAACACAGCCAUCGCAGCUGGCCACAGCCCCGAUUGUCUGCGAAUCCAAUUCAGGGUUCUCUGGUCCUGGGCCUGCUGGCGCCACGUCAGAUUCAAUGGUGUCGCUGCUGACAAGCAACAGCCGCAGCGCCGCCACUGCCAACGGUGCACAGUUGCUGUUUAAUUCGGCGGUAACGCUGUCGUCUGCCGCCGCGAGGCACUUAGAGGGCACACACUCGCUGCCCACAACCCCGCUCCGUGCCUCACAUUACAACCCUGGAGCUGCAUCGGCGUUGUCGCCGCUGCGCUUGCCCUCCGCGCUCCAACGGCCCCCAGCAUCUUCAGCAUUCGCUCAGCCUGAAGCUCCCAGCACAGCCAUGUCCAGUAUAGAUGGCUGUGGCAGCCCCGCAUUGAGCGGCGGGUCGCUAAAGCACUGUUUGAACGCCAACUCGCCUCGCACGCCCUGGAUCACACAGCAGGGUGCCUGCAACAGGGUGCCCAGCCGGCUAGAGAUUUCCGACCCGAGCAUCGAGGACAACAUUGGCAGCAUGUCGUCAGUAUACCCGUACAACUACAGCAUUGCCAGCCACAUCCGGACGCCCCUGCGCAGCGAUGGUAAGGAGGAGACGCGCGCGUCUGCCAAUCUUAUCUCGGCCAUCCCGUGCCGCCCAAUGCUGCACACAAAGUCAGCACGCAGUGUGUCUGCAAUCGCUGAUAUUCUCAACUGCACCGACCGCUCUGAGCUCAGCCGCAUGCGCCUUCCGCCGCCAACGCCAACAUCGGCUCAUGCCCAGAGGGACCACACCAACGUGUUUACAUCAUCUUUGGAUUAAUAUGAACUGCAUUUUUCACUUAUCGUAACCUGCAUAUUCAUUUAUUUAUUUAUUCGUUCGAUUGAUUGAUUGUAAAUCCUGAAAAAUGAAAUUUUAAAAGUGCGUCGCACCAUCUCUCUCUAUCUUGGCAGUUUAGGUGUAUUUUUUACAAUACUAUUAUUUUUUUUGUUAAUUUUUC